AUGGGCCUCUUAAGGCACCCCUCGCUUUUCACUUGCACAAUUCAAACUUUCAGUGUUGGCGAUCCGUAUUCUUCGCAUGGCGCAGACGAGUCAAACCUUUCCAUGAACCAAAUUCUGGCUGCUGGAUUCACGCCCGACAAAGUCCUGAUAUACGAUUACACAUUCCGUCGAGACCCCGUCGAUCCGUUAAUGGCGUAUCCGCCAGACAUUCUAAAGAUUCACCAAGAGUUCACAGCAGAGUUGCGAAUGAAAAUGGCUGCUGUUGUCGAUGUGGUCUGGGGAGCGCCAGUCCGCGAAAGAAUGAAAACAACUCUGUCACUGGAAGAGCUCCCCUUAUGGGGAGAGUACGAAGCAGCCUCGAUUCACUUGGAGUGGGAGAAGAGUUCGCGGAAGUUGCAAAAAUCUGUCAUAUUUGUACGUCAUCCAGAGGCAAUGAUGUAUAGUGAACCUUCGAUUGUGGGCAAGCUACCGGACCUCAGCUUGCAAGCUGCACCGAAGUUGGCAAAAAUGGACAUUGCCCAGCAUUUUUACGAAAAGAUUCAUCUUUCUAGCGGCCAUGAGUUUCUUUCUGGAGAAAGCCGAACACGCCGAACGCGGUUGAAUGAAGAGGCCAGAGCCCAGCUCGAGAACAUCGGGAAUCGGCUUCGAUCUGCGAGUAGAAAUGUCAGACAGAUGCCACCCAUUUCCUUUGUUUCUAUUGCCUUGCGCUAG